AAGGUUCCAAAUCCCGAAUACAGUCUCCUGAAACCCACGAUUCGAGUAUUUUCUCCAUCUUGCCAUAUGGAAAUCCCCCAAAUUACAUCCCUGCCACUCUCUCCUUCUCCUCUCUAAAUCACCGCUAGGGUUUCUCCUCCCCUCCGAUUUUUCUGAGAAAUGUCUCUUCCACCGAUAGAGUGCAUACAUGUCACAGAUGACUGUCUUCGGGAAUGGAAAAGUGGAAACCCUAGCUUCAAAGUCUCGGGUACUGUUCCCAUGCUCCGCUUCCUCUACGAGCUUUGCUCUACCCUGGUUCGCGGUGAAUUACCACUUCACAAGUGUAAAGUGGCAUUGGAUUCAGUCGAGUUUUCUGAUAAAGAAUCAGAUGAAGAAUUGGCUUCCAAUUUUGCAGACAUUGUUACACAAAUGGCCCUAGAUCUUACGAUGCCUGGAGAGAACCGUGCUCGUCUUAUUAAAUUGGCAAAAUGGUUAGUGGAAUCUACUCUGGUCCCAUUGAGGCUUUUCCAAGAGCGCUGUGAGGAAGAGUUCCUCUGGGAGUCUGAAAUGAUCAAAAUAAAGGCUCAAGAGUUGAAGAAUAAAGAGGUUAGGGUAAACACUCGUCUUCUUUAUCAGCAGACAAAAUUCAACCUUGUUAGGGAAGAGAGUGAGGGCUAUUCCAAGCUGGUUACCCUUCUAUGUCGAGGUUCUGAAUCUUCAAGUCAAAAUGCAUCAGCAGCAACAAUAGGCAUUAUUAAGUCAUUAAUUGGACACUUCGAUCUGGACCCAAACCGUGUCUUUGAUAUUGUUUUGGAGUGUUUUGAACAUCAGCCUGAUAACAGUGUCUUCUUGGACCUGAUUCCUAUUUUCCCCAAGUCUCAUGCUUCACAAAUACUUGGUUUUAAAUACCAAUAUUAUCAGCGCAUGGAAGUUAAUAAUCGUGUUCCACCUGGGCUCUAUCAGCUGACAGCUUUGCUGGUAAAGGAAGAGUUUAUUGAUCUUGAUAGCAUAUAUGCACAUUUACUUCCCAAGGAUGAAGAGGCAUUUGAGCAUUAUAAUGUUUUUUCUGCUAAGCGACUUGAUGAGGCCAACAAAAUCGGCAAAAUAAAUCUGGCUGCUACUGGAAAGGAUCUCAUGGAGGAUGAGAAACAAGGAGAUGUCACAAUAGAUCUUUUUGCUGCUUUGGACAUGGAAACUGAGGCAGUUGCAGAGCGUUCUUCAGAGCUUGAAAAUAAUCAGACUUUGGGGUUGCUUACAGGAUUUCUUGCUGUGGAUGACUGGUACCAUGCUCAUAUACUAUUUGAUCGUCUUUCACCACUUAAUCCAGUGGCACAUAUUGAAAUUUGUAAUGGCUUGUUAAGGCUCAUUGAAAAAUCAAUCUCUACAGCAUAUGGUAUAGUUCAUCGAGCACAUCUUGAAAGCUUUGGGUUGUCCUCAUCUGGUUCUGAUUUAAUGGAGACAACAAAUUCAUCUGUCAAUAGGUCUUUCAUUGACCUUCCUAAAGAACUUUUUCAGAUGCUUGCUUGUGUUGGACCUUAUUUCUACCGUGAUACUAUAUUGCUGCAGAAGGUUUGUCGAGUAUUGAGAGGUUAUUACCUGUCUGCUCUUGAGCUUGUACGAAGUGGUGAUGGAGCCUACAACCCUGAAUCUGGUGUUGGUGGAAAUCGAGUUCCUCGUUUGCACCUAAAGGAAGCUCGGUCAAGAAUUGAGGAAGCCCUGGGAACAUGUCUACUUCCUUCGUUGCAGUUGAUACCUGCAAAUCCAGCGGUUUGUCAGGAGAUUUGGGAAGUAAUGAAUCUCCUCCCAUACGAGGUGCGGUAUCGGUUAUAUGGUGAAUGGGAAAAAGAUGAUGAGCGCAUUCCAGUGGUUUUGGCUGCAAGGCAAACAGCCAAGUUGGACACUAGAAGGAUCUUGAAACGGCUUGCGAAGGAAAACCUAAAGCAGCUGGGUCGGAUGGUAGCAAAACUAGCUCAUGCCAAUCCAAUGACUGUACUUCGAACAAUUGUUCAUCAGAUUGAGGCAUACAGGGAUAUGAUUACUCCUGUUGUAGAUGCUUUCAAAUAUUUGACGCAGCUUGAGUAUGAUGUUCUGGAAUAUGUCGUGAUUGAGCGCCUGGCACAAGGUGGUCGUGACAAACUAAAGGAUGACGGACUUAAUUUGUCGGACUGGCUUCAAUCUUUGGCUUCAUUCUGGGGUCACUUGUGUAAAAAAUACCCAUCAAUGGAAUUGAGGGGCCUUUUCCAGUAUCUUGUGAAUCAGUUGAAAAAGGGAAAAGGAAUUGAGCUAUUACUCUUGCAGGAACUGAUCCAACAGAUGGCAAAUGUCCAGUACACGGAGAACCUGACUGAGGAACAGUUGGAUGCUAUGGCAGGGAGUGAGACCCUCCGGUAUCAGGCUACUUCUUUUGGGAUAACCAGAAACAACAAGGCAUUGAUCAAAUCGACUAACAGACUAAGGGAUUCAUUGCUUCCAAAAGAAGAACCAAAGUUGGCAAUUCCCCUUUUAUUGCUCAUUGCUCAGCAUCGUUCUGUUGUUCUCAUAAAUGCGGAUGCUCCAUACAUUAAGAUGGUUAGUGAGCAGUUCGAUAGAUGCCAUGGAACCCUUCUUCAAUAUGUGGAAUUCCUUUGUAGUGCAGUGACACCAGCAACAGCUUAUGCUCAGCUGAUUCCCCCACUGGAGGAACUUGUCCACAUGUACCACCUUGAUCCUGAGGUGGCCUUUUUAAUUUAUCGGCCUGUGAUGAGGCUGUUCAAGUGUCGGAGUAGUUCUAAUAUCUUCUGGCCUUUAGAUGAUGUUGAAUCUACAAAUAUGUCUACUGCAGAAAAGGAGUCUGAACCUACAGACUCUUCUGGUGAAGUGAUUCUUGAUCUUGGCCCUCCUUGGAAGCCUAUUGUGUGGUCAGAUCUUCUUGAUACUGCACGUACCAUGUUGCCAUCAAAAGCCUGGAAUAGCCUCUCUCCUGAUCUCUAUGCUACUUUCUGGGGUCUCACACUCUAUGAUCUUUAUGUUCCUAGACAUCGCUAUGAGUCUGAAAUUGCCAAGCAGCAUUCUGCUCUUAAAGCUCUAGAAGAGCUUUCUGAUAAUUCAAAUUCUGCAAUUACCAAAAGAAAGAAAGACAAGGAAAGAAUUCAAGAAUCUCUAGAUCGUUUAACUAGUGAACUCCAGAAGCAUGAGGAGAAUGUAGCAUCUGUCCGUAGACGGCUUGCCCGUGAAAAGGACAAGUGGUUGAGUUCCUGUCCUGAUACUUUGAAGAUUAACAUGGAGUUCCUUCAGCGCUGUAUCUUUCCUCGCUGUACUUUCAGUAUGCCCGAUGCUGUGUAUUGUGCUAUGUUCGUACACACUCUUCAUUCCCUUGGAACACCAUUCUUUAACACAGUCAACCACAUUGAUGUUCUGAUAUGUAAAACCUUGCAACCCAUGAUAUGCUGCUGUACUGAAUAUGAAGCCGGUAGACUUGGGAGGUUUCUGUAUGAGACUAUGAAGAUUGCUUACUAUUGGAAGAGUGAUGAAUCAAUAUAUGAACGUGAGUGUGGGAACAUGCCAGGCUUUGCUGUCUAUUAUAGAUAUCCUAACAGUCAGCGUGUCACAUAUGGCCAGUUUAUUAAGGUACACUGGAAAUGGAGUCAAAGAAUCACACGGUUAUUGAUUCAAUGCUUGGAAUCAACUGAGUACAUGGAAAUUCGAAAUGCUCUUAUAAUGUUAACUAAAAUUUCUAGCGUCUUCCCUGUUACACGAAAGAGUGGAAUUAACCUUGAAAAAAGGGUUGCUAAAAUUAAAAGUGAUGAAAGAGAGGAUCUCAAGGUGUUGGCUACAGGUGUUGCUGCAGCUUUAGCUGCGAGGAAGCCUUCAUGGGUUACAGACGAAGAAUUUGGCAUGGGCUAUCUUGAACUGAAGCCUGCACCAUCACUUGCUUCAAAGUCUUUAGCUGGUAAUUUGGUAGCUGUCCCAAAUGGCUCAGGCCUGAACAUUUUUCAGAAUGAAUCAUCUGGAGGAAGAACAGUUGCAUCUGGAACCCAACAUUUAGAUGCUGGGAAUUCAGUCAAGGAGCAGGUAUUAAGAGCAAAAACUGUAGAUGGGAGGUUGGAGAGAACAGAAAGUGUUUCACUUGUGAAAUCUGAUCCAGUGCAUGCAAAAGUUAAGGGUGGCUCAUCAGUGAAUGGUUCAGAUAUUCAGCAAUCCAUGCCCUCAGCUGCUUCACAUACAGGAACAUCCAGAUCAGGGGAAAAUCAAAGACCGGUGGAUGAAUCCACAAAUAGAACAUUGGAUGAAAGCACAGUGAAAGUUUCUUCAAGGGCAUCAACUGAAUCCGAGUUGAGAGCUACAGGAAAGCGAUCACUGCCCUCUGGCUCCCUCACAAAGCAACCAAAACUUGAUGUUGCAAAAGAUGAUAGUAAAUCUGGAAAAGGCAUUGGCCGAACUUCUGGCUCUUCCACCAGUGACAGAGAUCUCCCUGCUCACCAGUUAGAGGGCAGGCAAAGUGGGGUGACCAAUGUUUCUUCCGCAGGUAUGGCUGAUGGUAACGUGGGUAAAGGCUCAACCCAAUCGACAAGAACAUCAUUAGAUAUCCAUGGUAGUGAAUCUAAACCAGAGUCUGGAUCUUCCAAGUCUGCUGAUUUGAGGCUUUCUGCAGUCAAAGAUGAUGGUAAUGAAGUUUCUGAUAGGGCCCCCUCUUCUCGACCAAUUCAUUCUCCCAGACACGAUAAUUCUGCCACUAACAAGUCUGGUGAUAAACAGCAGAAAAGAACCAGUCCUGCUGAAGAGCCAGAAAGAGUAAAUAAACGGCGGAAAGGGGACACUGAAGUGAGAGAUUUCGAAGGUGAAGUUAGAUUCUCUGAUAAAGAGAGGUCCAUGGAUCCUCGAUUAGACAAAAGUCAUGCUGUGGAUCUAGACAAAUCAGGAACAGAUGAACAAGGUAUCAGUAGGGCCACUGAUAAGCCUUCAGAUAGGUUAAAAGAUAAGGGAACUGAAAGAUAUGAAAGGGACCACCGGGAAAGAUUGGAACGUCCUGAUAAGUCCCGUGGAGAUGAAAUGAUAGCAGAGAAAUCAAGAGACAGGUCCAUGGAGAGACAUGGAAGAGAGCGUUCAGUUGAAAGAGUGCAAGAGAGGAGCAGUGAAAGAAGUUUUGAUAGACUCACUGAUAAAGUUAAGGAUGAAAGAAAUAAGGAUGACAGAGGUAAGAUGCGCUACAGUGAAACAUCUGUAGAAAAAUCUCAUGCAGAUGAUCGGUUCCAUGGGCAAAGCUUGCCUCCCCCACCACCCUUACCUCCUCAUAUGGUCCCCCAAUCUGUUACUGCUAGUAGAAGGGAUGAAGAUGCUGAUAGACGGUUUGGAACUGCUAGACAUGCUCAAAGGCUUUCUCCAAGACAUGAAGAGAAAGAACGAAGGCGAUCUGAGGAGAUCUCACAAGAUGAUGCUAAACGCAGGAGGGAAGAUGAUAUUCGAGAGAGAAAGCGAGAAGAACGGGAAGGUUUAUCAAUAAAGGUAGAGGACAGGGAGAGGGAGAAAGCAAGUCUUUUGAAAGAGGAUAUGGAUCCAAGUGCCGCCUCUAAGAGACGGAAACUCAAAAGGGAGCAUAUGCCAUCAGGGGAAGCUGGUGAGUAUACGCCAGCAGCCCCACCACCUCCUCCCCCUGCUAUUAGCAUGUCACAAGCAUAUGAUGGAAGAGAAAGAGGAGAUAGAAAAGGGGCCAUGGUCCAGCGUGCAGGUUACUUAGAUGAACCAGGCCUGAGGAUUCAUGGUAAAGAAGUAACUGGCAAGAUGGCCCGCCGAGAUGCUGACCAGAUGUAUGACCGAGAGUGGGAUGAUGAGAAGAGGCAGAGAGCUGAACAAAAGCGGAGGCAUCGGAAAUAGAGUUUGAAAGAGAUUAUUCUGUUCAUGUCCAGUUGCUUGUUGAAUUGCUGAAUUUGUGGUACUGCCCCAAAUUCUUUGGUUUGCUGUUCGCAUAGAUCUUAUUGUGGGGUUCCUUUCCAUGUUCCCAACUCUAUCCAGUUUAUUUGUUCCAGCUUUUACACUGAUGGUGCCCAUUUAUGGGGUGAUUCGUUGGGGAGUAUCGAACUGAUUUUUGCCUGUGUACCAAUAUUUAAUUUAAGUUGUAAAUUUUGAGGAUGUUUAAUUCUUUUGUGGUAUGAUGCAGGAAUUGAACCAAAAAUGUAAAGAAAAAGUUUUGAAGUGGUUUUUUUUUGUUUUUUUUAUUUGGUCCUAUAUUUGUAAGAGUGCUUUCCUGCUUCAUUGAACAGAAAAUGUGUAGUCAUUUCAUCUCCCUGUCUGGGGAGGCUGCUGAAUGUCUUGAUUCUCAUUUUCCUUGAACAAA